AUGCCUCGUAUCGUGAUCCCCACCGGCUUCAAGGACACGACCAGUCCUGAUCGGGUUGCACCGACCUGCACUCUGCGAAACGCGCAGGGACAUACUUUCUCGGUCCAUGUCGUUUCGAGCGAGAUCACGCGGGUUGUGCACGCGUUGCCCGGCCAAUACCGCCAAAAGACGAACGGUGAGACCGAGUUUGAGACCAAUGUGUCCCCAGCUGAGGUCAAGGUCGAGGUGGGUUCACUGGUUCAGCUUGUCCAUGUCGAGCUUGGGGCCGGGCCAUCCAUCUCGUGCGGCACACGUGGGGCACCACGCCCGAACACCAAGGCGAGGCGCUUACACUGUGACGACUUUGAUCUCCUUAGAGUGUUCCCGACUCUUCUUUCGUGACAAUAUCGACCCCAGUCACCCGAAUCGAAGUCGACCAUGCGGAAUGCCCGCGGCUGCAAUUUUACCGAUCCAGCAGCGUCCACGUCAAUGGUGCCGCCGACGCGCAGGCGAUCCCUUUUCACGCUGACAGCCACACACGAGCGUAUUCGUUCGACGCACAGUCAGGCGCAGUGCUGCAUUUGGUGAGCUCGAUAUGCAUAUGGAUACAUAAUGUAGACGCAUAUUCAUCUGCUGACGCUCAAGUAACCACUCUGCGUUGUCCUUCUUCUCCUCACUGUCGGGUAGACCGAACGGGAGAACUACUUGCCCGUCUCGGAACACGAGGAUGGCAUCUCGCGUGAUGUCAACUCACCUCUCCGCAACGAGUUCGUCUAUGGUCUCGGAGAAUCGAGGGCGUUCGAAAAGACCGGACGCAAGUACACGUUCGAAGGCCGGGACGCACUCGCCUACACGCCGCAGAACGGUCAGUCUUCAAUGUGCCCGGCCAAACCUUAUGCCGAGCUCGUGCUGACCCUGGUAUGAAGCUUGAGCAACUCAGGUGAUCCUCUCUACAAAACGCAUCCCUCCUAUUGCGUAUACAACAAGCGAUCGCAGACCUGGCACGGCAUAUUCUACAACUCGCUGGUUGAUUCAAGCAUCGACAUGGGUGCCGAGGGUGACGUCCUCUUCGGGUGUUUCCGAACGUACAAGGCCAACUCGGGUCCGGUAAGUCGCUCUUGCCGCGUUUCUCAUUCUGUUACCGGUGGCUAACUAAGAAGAUCGCGAUCGACAGCUGGACUACUACGUCAUUUCGCCGCGUGACGGAUCCCUGCCCUCGCUCAUUUCACUCUACGCGUCGCUCGUCUCGCCUUCCCACUCUACCCCGUAUCCCAUCUCGGCUUCGCCGGUCCUCCCUCCGCUCUCCCAAUUUGGGUAUCUUGCCUCAAGCCUGUCGCUUGCGGCCGAUCCGAAAGCGCAGGAAGCCGUGAUCGGAUUCGUGAAAAAGUCUCGCGAAGAAGGAUUUCCCAUCGAUGGGCUGUAUCUCAGUUCGGGAUGGUGCCAAGGUCGGUCGGGGUAUUCGACGCAUUUCAUCAGCGUGAUAACCUCCUUUUUAGUCAGUUCUGACCUGUCAUACUCGAAAAUUUUCCAGAGGAAGGUACGGAUCUGCGACACUACUUUGCCUGGAACAAAUCUCGAUAUCCGACUCCGGCAGAGUUCGGACGGACGGUUGAGCAAGACCUCCAAGUCCAAGUCAUCGUCAACGUCAAGCCGUGGCUCCUUGAGACGCAUCCUGGUAUCCACUCAGCGGCCAAGGUCCGCGCGUUCGUCAGGGCCCCCAAAGAUGCUCUGGGGGAUCCGACCCGAGCGAGUGAAGAAGGUGACAAGCGGGAUCUGGUAUGGAGCAGCGGCUUUGCAGCUCAUGCUCUAGGAAGGUACCUCGAUUACAGUGAGUCGCGACGGGGAUCAUCGAUCCAGAAGGCUCACCGGUCCUGACUACUAGUAGUGCCUUCACGAAUCCUGACCAGGCUCAAAGGGUGGGUCCAAGUGGUGGAUCGACUCAGUCCAACAGCAGUUGCUCUCGAAUAAUCUGACCGGCAUUUGGAUCGACAACAACGAGAUGGCGGGCAUGGUCGACGACGACGCCACGUUCAAGGGCGAACUCGGUCUGUGGAACGCUACAACGGCUCAGGGCAAGAUUGGGGACAAUGUCCAGACGCGGAUGGGCUGGGGUCGAGGAGAAACAACUGUUGGAAGUGUGGGUAAAGCGGUGCAGACAAUGGGCAUGGCCAGGGUCAGUGUCAGAUCAGAGGGUGAUCGAUUUCAGGAUUAGCCUUGCUGACCAAGCCUUAAGGAAUGAUCCCAAAAGGCAACGUACGAAGCCCUGCUUUCCGCACGCCCCAAUGAUCGUCCUGUCAUCGUAUCUCGAUCCGGUCUCCCUGGGAUUCAAGCCUACGCACAUGCCUCGUGGUCAGGCGACAACGCCACGACUUGGGCCACACUGGCCCACGGUGUGGCUUUGACGUUGUCUCUCGGACUGUCGUUUGGUCCCGGCCUGUACGGGCAUGACAUCGGAGGAUUUGCGGGUGCGCACCACCCCAGUGCAGAGCUUUUGAUUCGUUGGUGCCAAAACGCCGGAGCCUAUCACUCACGCUUCACCGUGCAUUCCUGGAAGGAGACAUCGACGACGAUGUGGAUGUACAACGGACUGGAGCCUGGCGUGACCGACAUCCUACGUGACGUGCUCGCGUGGCGAUAUCGGCUCGCACCGACGAUGUACUCACUCUAUGUCACUCAUUAUCAUCGAAGAGGGUGGCCUGUUGUCAAGGUUAGUCGAAGGAAGCACAUAGAAUGCCGAUGCACGAAUCAGCGCUGACGUCCUGGGUCGUGCACGCAGCCCCUGUUGUGGUACCACUCUUGUGAUCCGUUGACCUUGUUCGAGAGCCAGGCGUACCUGUUCGGCUCCCACGUGCUCGUCGCUUCCGUGGUCGAGUUCGGGGCUCGCAUGAAGCGGGUCUACCUGCCGUCUUCUACAGUCGGCAAGGAGGGACAGGUCGAGUGGUGCGAGCUCGACACCGGAGUCUGGCAUACAGGCGGACAAGUAAUCGUCAUGGGUAAGUCCUGUGCUAUGAUGCGAUUACGCCUGUGAUUGACCAGGCCCCCCGUCACUUGCUUCCCUUACCAGAUGCACCCCUAUCGCGCACCCCGACUUUGAUUCGAGCCGGAGGUAUCCUUGUGCUAGGCCCGACGUGCAAGAAGAACUUGCUCGAGUCGUUCGGCUCGCGCCACGUCCUCAUCUUCCCCUCGUCCACCCAGAGCGGAUGCUCGGGUCGCUUCACUUUGGUCGAAGACGACGGUGUCUCGAACGAGCACACGCUGAACGGCGUCUACACCGAGAUCGACGUGUGGUAUCGCGUUAAAAAUGCCGAAGAAGUUGAAGUCGGCUUCGAGGUCUCAAGGAAUGAGUAUGUCACCAAGUGGAAGAACUUGACAUGGGAACUGCCCAAGGGCGAUCGCCGUAAGAUCGUGGUCGCCGAGGGGUUGAAAGGGCUUUAUGAUCCUCAAGGUAUCUUGUCGGUAGAGGUGUUUUAAGUUCAGGGUGGACUAUGAUGGACGAUGGAACCAGAAAUACGCUUCUUGCUUUUACAGAGCCCCAUCACUGAACCUCUGAUGCACCUCUGAUAAUGCAAAUACCCCUGUCAGCCUGGAAUUGAAAGUUUACCCUGUUUUGGUCCAACCUAUUGAAACCUGCGGUACGAACCCGGGACAAGCGUCACAACUUUCAUAACCGAGGUCGAGCGCCUUGGCGAGCUGUGCAACCGCCAAACGAUCGCGUUCUGGUCAAAGCAACUGGACAUCGACCGUUCCGAGCUCGACGCCAUCGACGUGUAG